AUCAUGUGGCCUAUUGUUGUGUUUGUAGAUUGUCUGGCUGUAUGGUGGCAGAGGAAGGCUGUGGUUAUGUGUCUUCAGCUCUGAGUUUAAACCCCUCACACCUGAGAGAGCUGGAUCUGAGCUACAAUCACCCAGGAGAUUCAGGAGUCAAGCUGCUCUAUGAAAACCUGAAGGAUCCGAACUGCUCACUGGAUAAACUCAAUGUGGAUCAUGGAGGAGAAUCCAGGAUUACAGCAGGACUAAAGAAAUAUGCCUGUUUUCUCACACUGGAUCCAAACACAGCAAGCACUGAACUCAGUCUAUCUGAGGAGAACAGAAAAGUGACAGGUCUGAGAGGGAAACAGCCGCAUCCUGAUCAUCCAGACAGAUUUGAUGUGUGUCAACAGGUGUUGUGUAGAGAGAGUGUGUGUGGACGCUGUUACUGGAAGAUUGAGUGGAGUGGAUAUUAUGUGCGUAUAUCAGUGUCAUAUAAAAGCAUCAGUAGAAAGGGACGGGGUUAUGAGUGUUUGUUUGGAUAUAAUGAUCAGUCCUGGAGUUUAAUCUGCACUCGCUCCAGUUACUCAUUCGUACACAAUAACAUAGUGACCGAUCUCUCUGUGAAGCCCAUCAGCAGGAGAAUAAAAGUGUAUGUGGAUCACAGUGCAGGAACUCUGUCCUUCUACAGCGUCUCUAACACAACGAGCCUUAUCCACACAUUCCAGACCACAUUCACUCAGACGCUCUAUCCUGGGUUUUAUGUUGAUUAUGGAUCAUCAGUAAAACUGUGUUGAUGAAUCAGAAGAGACUGACGAGAGAUUCUACCCAUAAUGUUUUGAGCUGCAUGAUAAAUCACUGACGGUAAGAUGUUAUAGAGUCUCUUC